AGCCUGUUCCCGAAGAGCACGGGGGCAAAGCCAGGGCGUUCUCGGGCCGGGGCGCCUCCCGGGGAGGCUUCUGUCCCGCUCAUGCAAGGAAUUCCGCGGCGAGGGCCCGACCCUCCCCUGCCUUUCCAUGCCGAAGGCUGCUGUUUCCUCCUCCUCCCCACAGAAAAUGUAUUAUGGGCGGAAGGACAGAACAGCCGCGCAGUGCCUCGGGCCCCUCACUCCCGCAGCGCCCAGGCCCCAGCUGAUGAACGGGGGGGUCCUUCUUCUGCCCACAGGUGCGGCUCCUCCGAGAGCAACAUUUGGAGAUUGCCCUCCAGCCGUGGACAGGCGUGUGCCAUGGACACCAAUAUCCCUUUCCAAUGGGGAACCCGGAAGACUUGGAUGGCCGUGUCAGCGGUGGAGCUGGCCAUCAUCUUCAUCCUGGGAGCUGGGCUGGCUCACCUGAUCGUGCACAGACCCCAUGAGCAAGAGGACAUGGAGCGCUGGCCCGAAAGCAACGUGCUUUCCUCGCUGAUCUCAGUGAACCGGACCCUCCAAAUCGCCACAAAAUCCUGCCAGGACCAAACAGUAGGCUGGAGAACGCUGGAAGCCAACACCACCUCCCUGAACUCCGAAGUAGCCAGACUAAAUGCUCGUUUGCGCUUACAUGCAUUGGAGAAAGCAGCUUUGCAAGAUCAACUCACCAUCUUGAAAAACUGGACGCAGCUGUUUCAGGAUCUGAAAGACCAACAGAAGACCAUCAUCGGGCAUUUCCAGAAGGACCAGGACCUGGACCAGGACCCGAACCCGGACCACGGCCACCUGUCCGGCCAUGGCCCCUUCAUCUACCUCCAUGCUGGCCUGGCCUCCUUGGCCCUUGCUGUGCUCCUGUGCGUGUGAAGUGAGGCAGAUCGCUGUCUUUGGUCCUGGCAGAAGUGCCACUUCUUGGAUGUGGGAUUUCACAUUUGGUGUGUUGUUUAAAUGCUCACUUAUUCUGAAAAUAAAGCGUUG